CCAGAAGAUCCCUGGACUAAAGAGGAAACCAUGGAGCUCCCCAUCAGUGAGCAGGAGGAGCAGCUGCUUCUCAAGCAGGAGGAAGGAGACGUAGAAGAGAAACCUUUCCCAUGUUUGGCAUGUGGAAAAAACUUUCUAAAGGAAGAACAUUUAAUGGUUCACAUGAGAACUCACACAGACCUCCUGCAGGUUGGAAAAGAGGAGGAUUUCUCUGAGCAGCAGCUCUGGAAACAGGAGAGGAAUUCCAGUUUGGACCAAGAGGAACCAGAACCUCUGCAGAUGAAAGAAGAGCAGCUAAAGCCAGAAGAUCCCUGGACUAAAGAGGAAACCAUGGAGCUCCCCAUCAGUGAGCAGGAGGAGCAGCUGCUUCUCAAGCAGGAGGAAGGAGAUACAUUUAAGGUUAUUUCUGAUCACGAAGAAAAGGGCCAAACUGAACCAGAACCCAUCAGCAACCAAGUCAUCUCUCAGAACUCUAGUGACAGUCAGAACCAGGAUCCAGAAGAAAUCCAUGAAAUAGACUCCGGAUCAGAGGGAGAUAAAAGGCCCACAGAGAAUAAGGGAUGUCAGAAAACCAAAGAGCAUAACAAUGAUGUUCAAACACUUAAAAGGCAAGAGGGAAGUCGCACGGAUAACAGGUCUCACUCUUGCACAAUCUGUGGCGAAUCUUUUUCUCUGAACAAUGAUUUAGUUCAACACUUGAAAUGUCACAAGGGAGAGAAAUGCUUCCCAUGUUUGACAUGUGGAGAAAGCUUUCUAAAGAAAACCCAUUUAAAGGUUCACAUGAGAACUCACAGCGGUAAGGAGAUCUAUGACUGUCCGUCCUGUGGAAAGACUUUCAUUGAUCAAUAUGGUCUCGACAGACACCUCAUAACUCACACAGGUGAGAGGCCGUUCACCUGUACCAUCUGUAACAAAAGCUUUACUGGAAAGGGUAGUUUGUCCUACCACCUGACAACCCACUCAGAUGAAAGGCCUUUUUCCUGUAACACCUGUAAAAAAACAUUUAAAGAAAUCGAUGAUUUCAAUGUGCAUCUGAGAACUCACACAGCAGAGAGGCCUUUUGAAUGUCACUUCUGUAGGAAACGCUUUACUUAUAGACCUAAUCUUAAUAGACACAUCAAAAUUCACACAGGUGAGAAACCAUAUUGCUGUUCGAUUUGUGAUAAAAGUUUCACUCAAAAAUCUAAUUUGACUUCUCACAUGAGAACUCACACAGGUAAGAAACCGUUCUCUUGUACCAUUUGUGGCAGAAAUUUCAGUCAAAAAGGAACUUUGACUAAACACAUAACAAUUCACACGAGUGAGAAACGCUUUCCAUGCACAACAUGCGGGCUGAAAUACAGCAACCAAAAAGAUCUGAUUCUUCACAUGAGACGCCACAGCAGUGAGACGCCACAGAGCUCAGGCUUCAUCCAGACCGUUUUUGUCUUAGUCUGAAACCCAAAAAACAUACCAGGAUUUUCUUUGUGUUUUAUUGUGCUAAAAUGACAAAUCUGGAAAGUUUCAUUUUUUUUUCCCUUUUUUUUUUUUGCAUAAAAUGAAAAUGGGAAAGAAUUGGUUAAAUAAAUAAAAAAAUAUAUAUAUAUUUUCCUGUGAGGCUAGACUCUAGCCUCUAGAGGCUUGACUUUGGAAACUCAUCGUUUGUUACACAGUUACACAGCUUGAACCAAAAAGUCUCUUUGCUGUUAACCUAAUCUGGUGAAGCUAAAUGCUAAAUCAGCUUGCAUUAGCAUCGAAUGUGAGAUUUUGCAUUUAAAAAUCAAAUGCCGAUAAACUGAAGACUGAAAAUUCAAUAUUAGCUGCAGCUAAAAGUAAAACACUUUUAGCUGCAGCUUUUUAUCCAACGAGGAAUUAUUUCAGAGUUAUGUUAUCAUCUUGAAAUAUAGAUAAUCUGACAGUUAGCUUAGUUUGAAACUAAACUAACUAAAUGAAUACCCUUACUUGUGGUUGAGCAGCAACACUUGAACCAGAGUAUUCCAUUAGUUUAUGACAGGUAGAUGACGAGGAGUACAGAGGAAAAAUGGAGGGACCCUGAAGGAGCCUUCAGAUUAGAUUAGAUUUUUAUUUUGUGCAAAGAUUUAGGAAUUUGAUGAUUUUUUGUUAUCAGGUUUCUAUCAGGUUUGUUGGAAUAAGUGAAAACACUGGAUUUUUUUUUAGUUUCUGCUUUAAAAAUGUAAAACAAAAAUAAACAAACUGCCUGUAGGAACACUGACCCAAAGGAAGGCACAAAAAAGACCUUUUCAAUGUUUGAUUCGUGGUAAAAUGUCCAUCUUUUGACCCCUUCUCCUCAUAAACGUUCAGGUUAAGAUCUUUUCAGGCCAAGUUUGGAGGAAAACCUACUAACAGCAUUAAUGUCUACAUGAAAACUUGAUAAGGCGUAAUAUUGUAAACCUGCUAAAAUAAUUAAAUGUUGGGAAGCUUAAGAUCUAAGUUCAAAAUGUCUGAAGUUCAUUAUUAAACUAAAAUGCUAAAACACUGAAACAUGUUUGUUUAAAGAGUUCAAGAUUAAAGGUUCUGCUGUUAUGAUAUGAAGUUGAUAUUUUUGAACAUUUUGUUUGAAUUAUUUUAAGAAGUUAAACACUAAAAGUUUCAUGUUUCUGCCUUUUAAAGUUUUGGCUAAUCUGUAAUUUUCCUUCAAGCUGAUUCUAAUGGUGUUUAUCUUGAUUCUGUUGUAUUUACCUGCUAUGAUUAAAGGAAUGCAUCGUCUGUUUCUGUCAUCGGCUCUGGAUGCUUUUCAUUCAUGUAAUUACUUUUUGAUUAAUUCACCAAGCAGAAA